AGUCUCUGUAUAUUGAAAGUGAGCACAAGUAGUGCAAGCAAGUAUAUCGUUUAAACAUCCCAAAAAAGAUCGAAAAUGUCGACACUUACCAUCCCUCAUCCGCUUCCUCCCGUCUCCGAUGAUUGCGAGCAGCUCAGACAGGCCUUUUCAGGAUGGGGCACAAAUGAGGGACUGAUCAUAUCCAUCUUGGGUCACAGAAAUGCUGCUCAAAAGAAGCUGAUUCGACAGACCUAUGCUGAGACCUACGGGGAAGAUCUCCUCAAGCAACUUGACAAGGAGCUCACCAAUGAUUUUGAGAGGAUUGUGAAGCUUUGGACACUUGAUGCUGCUGAACGUGAUGCGAUUUUAGCUAAUGAGGCAACUAAGAGAUGGACUUCAAGCAAUCAGGUCCUUAUGGAGAUUGCCUGCACAAGGACUUCUAAUGAAUUGCUUCAUGCUAAGCAAGCUUAUCAUGUUCAUUUUAAGAAGUCCCUUGAAGAAGAUGUCGCACAUCACACUAAUGGAGAUUUCCGCAAGCUUUUGUAUCCUCUUGUAAGCUCAUACCGGUACGAGGGAACUGAAGUGAACAUGACCAUUGCUAAAUCUGAGGCUAAGUUACUCCAUGAGAAGAUCUCAAAGAAGGCUUAUAAUGAUGAGGAUCUCAUCAGGAUUUUGGCUACCCGGAGCAAACCACAGAUCAAUGCGACUCUCAAUCACUACAAAAAUGAAUUCGGCAAUGAUAUCAACAAGGACUUGAAAGAUGAGAAGGAUGAGUACCUUGCACUACUGAGGGCCACAGUGAAGUGUUUGGUCCGCCCUGAGAAAUAUUUCGAGAAGGUUCUUCGUCUGGCAAUCAACAAGACAGGAACAGAUGAAGGAGCUCUGACCAGAGUUGUGGCUACAAGGGCAGAGGUUGACAUGAAGAUUAUCAAAGAAGCAUUCCAGCAGAGAAACACUGUUCCUCUGGAUAAAGCCAUUGUGAAGGAUACUACUGGGGACUAUGAGAAGAUGCUUCUGGCUCUUGUUGGACAUGAGGAGUGAGUGUGAGUGAGUGAGCUGCUGUGUGUUUUAAUUUAUGUAUUUUAUUUUCAGUCCUAUGGUUGGAUUUUUCUGGCCUUGCAAUCUACCUAUCACCACUUAAUAAACUGUUGUGAUUCUGUUUGUUUUCUCGAAUGAAUUUCUGGUAUAGAUUGAACUGA